AUGACGGCGCAAGAAGAUGCGUCAAAACAGACUUGGAUAAGCUGGUUUCUUCAACAGCCGCUUGGAAAGUAUUUCAUUGAAAUUGACAAAGACUAUUUAAUGUGCACAUAUAACUUUUACGGAAUUCGUCAAAAAGUUUCAAAUUUCAAACAAGCACUUGAUCUUAUUAGAGGACCAUAUAUACCACCUGAAAAGCGUCCAACAAGCUGGGUUAGUGAUAUAGAUGAUUACGGAAUCUGCUUAUACGGUUUAUUACACGCUAGAUAUUUAUUGACUGACGCAGGUUUGGAAAGAAUGCACGAAAAAUAUCUUAAAGGACCAUUUUAUCCAUGCCCUCGUACUUUAUGUAACGGCACAAAUUGCCUUCCUUACGGAUCGUCCGAUGAUAUUGGCCAGUCAACCGUGAAAAUGUUUUGCCCGUGCUGCCAUGAUGUUUACCAUAUUCAGGAUGAAGAUGGACCACUUACAGAUGGUUCUUUCUUCGGACCUUCGUAUGUUCAUCUUUUCUUAGCGAAAUAUCCUUCAGUAAUGCCAAAACCACCAAUUAAUAAGUAUAUUCCAAGAAUUUUCGGCUUCAAAAUCUGUCCUGAAACAGCAUUUAAAGACGAAGAAGAGGAGGAAGAAGAAUACGAAGAUUCGUAA